AUGCGCAUAGACAAGAUUUUGUUCAUUCUAAAGCGUCUACAGAAAUGGUCCUCACGCAAUGGGAUAUGGCUGCGCUGUCUUUUACGAUUAAUAGUGAUGCGAGCUCUAUUUAGUCUGUCCACACCAAAUGUAGAAGAGCACAAAAAUCAUUCGGUUAUUGAUAGGGAGUUACUAGCUUUUUUGAUGAUAAAUGUGAAUAGUGAUAUUAUGUGGAUAGAUAUCUUUACCAAACACAGCAGAGAUAAGCUUGUCAAUGAUAGUAAUGGUGUUGUUAAAACAAUGCUCAUAACAGCAAUAAGCAACCAUAUAUUUGCUGGUGAGGAAAAGAGGUAUUAA